AUGUCGUCCUCCUUGCCCCCGGUGCGCGUCAGGGGCACAAAAGGAAGUGGCCGCGCUAAGAUGGAGAUGUCCAAAAUCACUGCGGAAGCCCUGGCCUCCAUCAACCACAGUCUCUUCAUGAAGGCCAACUUGUCAGCAAAGCAGAUGAGCAGCCGCGUCAUGAAGGAGUACCUGCAAGCGCACCGCGCCGGCGCGCACAACAUUGAGAGCCAGUCGGCGGAAGAGCGCAAAAUCAUCUGGCAGAGCUUCGUGGACGCGUCAUACCUUCCACACAGUCACGAAAUUCAGCGCCUAGUGAGCUACGUCCAGCUGAUGGAGUCGAGAUGUCAACAGAAGCUCCAGCACGCCAAGACAGUAACCUCCUGCGCCCUGAAUGGAAUUCAGCAGCUGCUGCAGCGUGUCACCGACGUAGGCACACAGAUCCGCAAGGACACCAACGUGCUCGCGGGGAAACCGGAUAUGCUUCUUAGUUCAGCAGGCGCUGAGGAAUGGAGUCAGUCUGGGGUUAAAGCCGGAAGCGCUGCCUCGGCAGCCAUGCACGCGCUCGGCAGCCCGGUGCGUGAUGUGUGUGGACUUGAUGUGAUGCUUUCUGAUCCUCAUCCACCGGCGUUUCGCAUCUCGCAGGCGGACCACGAUGAGCGAGAGCGACUGAACCGCGUCUUCAUCAGCGUCCUCGAAAGCAUUGGCGCCGACGAGAACGAGAGGAGAGUCAGUGGUUCGUCGCCCAGCACUUCGCCCACAACCCAGGCGGCGAACGGGUCAGGGACGCAGUCCACUACAGAGUGCCCGCCACUGGUGAUGGGCAGCCGAGAUGAUGAAGGCUCGGCGCCAUCCACCCAGUCCUCCUCACCAGUCUCGCCCUCGACGCGUCUGCAGUCCCGCCAAGCCGACCUGCAGUGCGUGGAUGAGAAACGCAACGACACCGCUCUGAGCGAUCUGCAAGCGGAGCGCAUGCAGUAUGUUCUCGAGCUGCAGCAGAAGCUCGACGCGGUUGGUGCGGCCUUUGUACAGCUCAUGAAUCGCGUUCAGGUGCAACACCAGCAGUACCAGCACACGAUCGCCGCUCAGAAGUCUGUGCUCGACGCACAAGCCACGCGACUAAAGCUCGCCGACGACGUGCUUCGCGACACUGUGGCACAGGGGGCCAUUGAAGCGCUGAGCGCUGUGGCUCUCGCUCAGCAGCUCUCGCUGGAGCUGCGUGAGCGGAUGGAGAUAAGUGAGAGGAACAUGAAUGUAGCUCUCAAGACACUCAUCGGGCAGAGCGCGGAGGUAUGCUUCGACAACGGUAUCCUGCAAGAGUACAGCUCACUCGCCACCAAGAAAGAGAACUGUAUCAGCGCGUUCAUGUUGCAGAUGGAGCGGCAGGUAGUGGAGCAGGCUGAUGUGCUGUGGAAAGCGCAACAAGGCGUCGAGAAAAUCUGGCGGCUGCGACUGCAGUGGCAACUCCCGCACUCGCGCGUGGCGGCAAGCGAGGCUGGUGCGAGUGAGAGGGAACCUGAGGGAGCUGUUGGCAAUCUCGCACCCCUUCCGCCUCCGUACAAGGCCCGACUGGAAGAGUGCGAUCGAGCAACCCUUCUAACGUUCCUCGAACGCCUCACUAUGCAUUGCCCCGACGCUACUACGCAUGUGAUUACGGCCCUUGACGAGCGCGACGCCUUCUGCGCCACGCACCCGCAAGAGGCGGCCGCCUCGCGAGAGGAACUGGCGCGCACGACUGCCGUGCUGCAGCUCAUUCGAAAACUGGACGAGGAAGGGCGGCUGCACUGCAGUGCGCAGCACACUGGCGAAGCGCUUUCUGUGCGUCUUCGUCGGCUUGUCGAGCAGCAUGAUGCCUUCAUCGACUUUAACGAGGCCUAUGCGCGGGCGCUGGUGCGGCAAGAGGAUGCGGUGCGGCGGAAGUACUUACCGGACGCUGUUGCCUUCUUCGACUCCCGUACGCCUGUGCCGGGGCAAGAAAGCAGCGCCACGAGUAGGCGACUCGCACCUGUGAAGGCGCAAGCAAUGCUUGAAGGUCGCAGCAAUACCGUUGCGUCAUGUUCGGAAGCAGCACCGACCUCUGCUGCGGAAUCCACGAAGAAUUCGCCGUCUCGGCCAGCCAUGCCGUACCUGAGCCUGUGGACACGCAAGCAGCGGGAGCUACGAACGCGGCAGUGCGAGACGGGAGCCAUUAAUGCUGGCGUGGGCAGCAGCACCGUCGGUGCCAUUGUGGGCUACCUUGAACGUCGCACGCCCCAUCUAGCCGCGGCGACUUCGGCUGCCUUGCUCGAAUCCGCACCGUCGUCACCGCCGUUGCGGCUGCACACGGAGAUGAGCGCGUCCGCCCCCACGUGUGUCUCCACGGGUCUGCCCCUUCCACCGGUUCCGCCGCGCAAAGGGUUGGCAUCGUAUGUACUAUCCACGUAUGGUUCGACAGCGGAGAGCACCGAAGAUGAUGCUGGCACUAAACGGCAGCAACAUACACAGCAAGCGGAGCGCACAGCCCAGGCAGAGAAGAACAAGGCUGCCAUGCCCUUCUGCGACAAUCAUCACCAGUUCAUUCAUCGGGAACGUGAGAUCUUUAUGCAGCUGGACUGA